AUAAUUUUUGUCCUGACACAAUACAAGUGACAUUUCCCCAAAUUUCUGUAGUCAAAAUCCAUGUCUUUGCAAUAUAUUCAGAGGAAGUUGAGAGAAAAUUCAAGUGCUUAAUGUGUGCCCACGACCUGCCUGAAUGGAUAUACUUGGAAAAUCAAGGGUGAAGAAAAAAUUCUAUAUAUUUACUGACACCACAUGGCGACUCGCUUGAGUCCCAGAAAUUCAGAGGUUAAUGCAUUGGAACAGAGGGGAUAUCUAAUUGGGAAAAAAAUUGGGCAAGGCUCAUAUGCUACAGUGCACCUUGCCGAUUAUGUCGACAGUACUGGGCCAAAGAAGAUGCGCUUGGCAUGUAAAAUUUUCGACAAAGAAAAAGCUCCCAAAGAUUUUUUAGAGAAGUUUUUCCCUAGAGAACUAGAGAUACUGACAAAAAUCGAGAACCCUCACAUCAUUCAAGUUCACAGCAUCUUACAAAGAGGACCAAGAGUUUUCAUAUUUAUGCGAUACGCUGAUAACGGGGACCUUCUAGACUUCAUUAAGAAAAACGGCGUUGUUCCGGAACAGCAAGCAAAAAUAUGGUUUAGACAAAUGGCAAGCGGUCUCCAUUAUCUUCACAGCAAAAAUAUAGCACACAGGGAUCUCAAAUGUGAGAAUAUCCUGUUGUCUAGAAGAUUCAAUGUAAAACUGGCCGACUUUGGUUUCGCGAGGUUUUGCGUGGACUCCGACAAUAGAAGAAUCUUAAGUCAAACCUACUGCGGUUCCGCAGCUUAUGCAGCUCCUGAAGUUGUAAAUGGAACUCCUUACAACCCCAAACUAUCAGACGUCUGGUCCUUAGGGAUUAUUCUAUUCAUAAUGUUGAAUGCAUCAAUGCCCUUCGAUGACUCCAAUCUGAGGAAACUACUCAAGGAUCAAAUGACGAAGAACUGGGUGUUCCGCUCUCGAGUUAGAGACACGUUAUCAUCCAGUGCCAAGUCUUUGGUCAGGCAUUUGUUGGAGCCAGACCUGACUCAAAGGUUGACCCUAGAAAGAGUUACACAACAUGACUGGUUAAGGUUGCGCAGAGAUAGACCUUCGCUUAUCGGCAGAUUGGUGCAUUCGGCGCCACAUGGACAAAACGCGGGUCAAUCAGCACACGUAAGUGGGGAGUACGAAAACGAAACCGUUCCGGGGGAUUAUCAAAAUCCAGAUAAUAAAAAGAGUGAAAUGAUGAUAUCUAUGACAGAUAACUGACGUCUAGGAAUAAUUCAUUGAAAUUAAUUUUCAUGAUUUAUCUAAUUGUGUAACUGACAAAAAUAAAUUGUUGAAUUCGUGUCAAA